AUGGCCCGUUCCAGGUCAAAUGGCUCACACUAUGCCUUGACGGCAAUUGGGCUCGGGAUGCUGGUCCUCGGGGUCAUUAUGGCCGUCUGGAACUUGGUCCCGGGUUUCGGGCCGGGCGCUAAGCCCCCUUCGGGAAACAGCAAUAAGACCGAGCCCGGCGGAGGAGGAUUCCUGAAAAGCAAGACGUUCUCGGUGGCUUACGUGCUGAUCGGCGCAGGGGUACUACUCUUGAUAUUUUCGGUUUGUUUGAGCGUCCGGGACCGAAGGAGGCAAAGCCAAAACCAGUGUACCUCUAGGAUCCACCAGCAAACAUCGGUGGAGCGUCAGCAGCAGGAAGACAGUCAAGACGAGGAUGAGGAAACGCCUUCCCGCUACUACGUUCCCAGCUACGAAGAGGUCAUGAGCACGGACUAUCCAGACCUGAGAGCAGUGGACCGGAGCACACGGAUCAGCGUGUCCCUCCCCUCGUACGAGUCUCUUACUGGGAUAGAUGAAAACACGCCGACCCGACCCGCCGCUGCGGCCGAAGCGGGGCCUCGCGCCGAAUGCCAGCCGAGCCGACGGAGUUCUCGCCUGAGCAAAAGACUCCGGCCCUUGAAAAUCCGGAGGAUCAAGUCGGAGAAGCUCCACCUCCGAGACAUCCGUAUAAAUGUGCUCGAUGGAACCAGUCCGGGCCACGUGACGAUAGAGCCUCUGACCCCACCACCGCAGUAUGAAGAGAUUUCCGAUAAACUUCCAGACACUCGGCAAGAGACCUGA